CAUUUGUAAGAGCAAGUAAGAAAGAUGAUGUUCCCAUGGUGGCAGAAGGCUGUUACGACUCACCUGCCUGCUACAAUUUAUUUUAGAACUUCUGGCCCAUCUGUUGCUGGUCUGGAGACAACGUACACAGGCGGCAAUGGUUUCUCCACGUCCUACAAUAGCCAGAGAUGGUUGAACCUGUACUUGUCCGCUUGCAAAUUUCUGGACUUGGCCCUAGCUUUGCCUUCUGAAAAUCUGCCUCAGUUUCAGAUGUAUCGUUGGGCUUUUAUUCCAGAAGCAUCAGAUGAUUCGGGCUUGGAAGUACGAAGACAGGGUACGCAUCAGAGGGAAUUCAAACCGUAUGUGGUGCGUCUUGCAAAACUGCUGCGAAAAAAAGCAAAGGACAAACAGGAGGACUUUAAGACGGUGGUUGUGGAGGGAAUGGAGAUGGCCAAGCAUCAGAAAAACCCGGAGGAGGACAGCUCAGGGAAAACACUAAGCUGGGAACCAGGUCACUUGCUUUUAACCAUCUACACCGUGCGCAGCAUCGAGCAGCUUUUGCCUUUCUUCAAUGUACUCAGCCAAGUCUUCAACAGCAAGGUCACGAGCAGAUGUGUGGGACACUCAGGGAGCCCUGUCCUUUACCCCAACUGUUUUCCCAGUAAGGACAUAAAACUGGAGAACCUAAAGACCUUCUCCAGCAAAGCAAGACAAAAGAUAGAAGAAAUGGUUGAGAAGGAUUUUCUUGAAGGUGUCAUAAAAACAUGAACCAAACUGGUACUGUUCAGCUUAUAUGUAAUGUAUUCCAAUGAAAUGCUGUAUAGUAUUCUUUUCUUACUUUGUAUGUAAUGAAAUACUUAAAUGUUGUAUUUAAGUUAAAUAUUUGUAAAUAAGAGAAAAGUUCUGGAUGUGGCCUGAAUCAAGUUUAAAUAUUGGUGGCUCAUAUUGAUUAUGGUGCCUACUAUUACAGUACA